GGCUAAAAAGAGGGGACAAACAAAGAUGGGUGAUGGAUGGUGUAUUGGCCUUAUAUUCUUGGUCAUAUGAGGUGACUGAUUUAGUAGGUGGUGUAUCAACAACAACUCAAAUGUCCCUUGGCUUUUUGUGGUUGUUUAUUCGGCCCUAGUAGGGAACAUAAAGGGGACAAGAAUGGGGAAUAUCUUGGUUGAUGUUGUGUUGGGAUAAUGAGGGAUAUUUGGCCUGAGAUUUAUAGAAAAGGAUAGAAGGUUUUAUUUGUUUAUUAAAAGGUUUAAAAGAAAGAAAAUAGCAACAAACAAAAGGUUGUGGUUUACACACUCUUAUUUUCGGCCAGGGCCUAAAAUAGGAGUAGGAAAACUUUAUUUUGAAAAGGAAAUAUUUUGGAUGUUUAGGGAAGGUAUGGAGAGUGUGGGCUCAGCCUAGGGUGGGUGUAGGACAACCAUGGUGUUGGGUUGGGUUCUAAGACAGGAAAAUGGAGAAGUUUCAACCCAAUUAAUGUCACCACACUUGGGCUUUAUUCCCCUGAUCUGUCUUUCCCUUGGCGGGCUACGGAGAGUCUUCGGGCAUGCUCCCGGAUAUAUAUCAGCUGGUGUCUGGAAGCAACUAAUUGGUUGGGACUUGAUGUAGUCCAUUAUUUUUCGGAAGUUAGCCAAAGUAGAUUGUCCAAGAGAUACUCACUUUUGGGUAUAUGAUGAUGGUUCAUAUGAAGAAGAAGGCCAAAACAGUAUUAGAGGAAACAUAUGGGAGAAGGCAGGCAUUCACUCGUUUCCUAUGCUCAUUAUGGUCAUUGCCCAUUCCCCUUGCAAAUACUCAAGGACCAAUAGAGGGUGGAACUACUUUUUCAGGGAGGUCUCUGCCUGGUUCUUUGGAGCAUAGCGAGUCUCAGAAACUUUUGCUAUUUGGGUUGGAGGGAUCUGGGACAAGCACUCUUUUUAAGCAGAUGAAGUUUAUUUAUGGAACUAAGUUUACUAUGGAUGAGGUACAAAACCUAAAGCUUCUUAUUCAAAGCAACAUUUAUAAAUACCUUGGCAUCUUACUUGAGGGUCGAGAGCGCUUUGAAGAGGAAGCCUUGAGGGAGAAGAACACAUCUUUGCAAGGUGAUAUAAGAAAUGGAAGUAAGACAUGCAUAUAUUCUCUCAAUCAAAGGCUGAAGCAGUUUUCCGACUGGCUGUUGGAGAUCGUGGCUUCUGGGGAUCUGAAUGCCUAUUUCCCUGCUGCAACCCGUGAAUAUUCCCCCCUUGUGGAUGAGAUAUGGAAAGAUCCAGCCAUUCAAGAAACAUAUAAGAGGAUAAACGAAUUGCAUUUCCUUCCUGAUACAGCAAAAUAUUUUUUGGACCAGGUCAUUGAGAUUUCGAGUAAUGAGUAUGAGCCUUCAGAAAAAGAUAUCCUGUAUGUCGAUGGCAUGACCCCCCCUAGCAAUGGACUUGCCUCAAUUGAGUUUUCAUUUGACGAUCACUCUGCAAAAUCGGACGUGUUUGACGCGGAAUGCCAACGCCCACUAAGCAGGUACCAGCUGAUUCGUGUUAGUUCAAAGGGACCACACGACUUUGGGAAAUGGAUUGAUAUGUUAGAAGAUCUGACAGUGGUAGUCUUAUGUGCGGCACUGAGUGACUAUGACGAGGCCUGGUCCCUUGGUCAAGGUCCGCCCGAGAACAAGAUGCUGGUAACCAGAGAUUUGCUGGGGGGUUUGGUCCGACACAGCAGUUUCAAGAACACGAGGUCCGUGCUUGUCCUGAACAAGUACGAUGUCUUUGAGGAUAAAAUCAGCAGAGUGCCUCUAACGGCGUGCGAGUGGUUCAAAGAGUUCAGACCUUUGAAGUCAAGCGGCGGCAACCAGUCCCUACUAGCAAAUGAAGCCUAUCACUACGUAGCUCACAAGUUCAAGGAGUGGUACUCUUCCAUCACUGGAAAAAAGCUCUAUGUCUGGUCAUGUAGGGCCCGGGAACGGUCAUCGGUGGAUGAAGUGUUCAGGUACGUGAACGAAGUGGUUAAGUGGGAGGUAGGUAAGGAUAGAAUGUGCAGUAUGGGCGAUGACAACAGUGACAAUUCCCUGUCUAGUAGUAAUGAAUGAAUGAAUGAAUGAUCUGUUCUGCAUGCAUAAUUUACUUGCAGAGACAGAAUAUAAUAAUAAUCUCUUGGCCCUUGGCUACUUUUUGAACCUCCAAGGGAAUAUUACUUCUGACUCGAAUACCCCAAAACAAAGACUAUUGAAUGAC